UUAUACCAAGGUCAGUGCCAACUGGAACCUUUCUCACCCCUAGAAAAAAAAGGAAGAUUGCUGGUGUCCCAUAGGUCCUCUGAUACGGCCAGGCUUCAGCCUGUCUUUUAUGAGGCUGCUAAUAGAGCCUGUCUUCCAUAUUCUUGUUUUCACAAAUGUUUAGAGUGAAUAUGAGUGAUCUCCCUUUGUUGAGAUUGGCCAGCAGUCUCAAAAACAAGUGAGUGCAUGGAUAUAUGUAUAGAAAAAGACUGAAGUGGUAUAUUCUUGUUCCCAUUUGCUGUCUUCGUAAACAUGUAGAGUAUGUCUCCUUGGUUACAGAAAUGUCAAGUGCUGGUGAAGAGAAUCCUUGUGUCACUUGCUAUGGUAUGAUGCUUUCUUCUUGGAUUUGUCCCCUUGAGCACAAGGAUCAGGAUCAUUAAGGACAUUUGCAAAGUACAGAAUCUGUGACAGCCUUAUCUUAUUGCUGCUUGGGGCGCUGCUGGCAUUUGGGUCCUGGUGGCUUCACUGGGAAUGAAAAGAGCAGUGUGCUGUGGCAGGAUCAGGUUCUCGGGUUCCUAGAAGAUGCCUUCAGGUCUGUUAAUAUUGCAGUGAGGUUGAACCACUGCUCUGAACAGACUGGAAGGAGGUAAAAGGAGGAUUUACUGCGGACUGGAGUGAAAUUGCUGGGAGCUGCACGCGUGACUUUCCAUGGACUUCUUGGUGAUGGGAUGCCAGGCCAUCAUUCUGGUACACUGGCUGCUCACAGUGUGGGGAUGCAUGAAUUACGUGUUUCCAGCCUCCUAUGCCUGGGGAAAUUUCAGUGUCCUUGCAGUGGGGAUCUGGGCCAUUGUGCAGCGAGAUUCCCUGGAUGCCAUCAUGAUGUUCCUGUCUGGUCUGCUGCUCACAGUCCUCACGGACAUCGUUCACAUCUCUGUCUUCUACCCUCCAAACAAGUAUCUCGCUGAUGUGAAGCGUUUCAGUAUAGGCAUGGCCAUCUUCAGCCUCCUUCUCAAACCUGUGUCCUGCUAUUUGGUGUAUCGAAUGUAUCGGGAGCGUGGAGGAGAGUACGCCUUUAACAUAGACCUGGAGUCCUCGUCUGACAGCCAUUUUGCCCACAAUGGUGUCACCCGUGCAGGCUGGGAUCGCAGCACCUAUGAGCCGAUUGAUCAGCAGGACGCCCCUCCACAGUAGCCCGACACAACCAAGACAGCCCAGCAGCCAUACUGAGACCCUCUCUGCAACAGAGAACAGACGCUUCCCUCGCCCAGUCUAGCCUUCUGCUCUUUCCAUGUACUUUCUGAUGGAGCAAGACCUGCUACUGAGCAAACAAGAGAGGAUCUGAUUUUUCGUUUCUUUUGCCUCCCUGAAGGUUAGGCAGAUGGGUUCCUGCAGUAGGUCCAGAAGAUCUCAGAGAUGUCAUGUUAAGCACUGUGACUCUUUGCAAUCCUGGUACUGUCCUUUCCUCUGUCGCCCUAAAUCCCUCCUCUGUAUGUGUGAGAGGACGCAGCUUCUGCAGUCUUCCAAGUCUCGUAUUGUGCAUCCUCUCUAUUGUAAGGGAACCACUUAAAAUAUUCCUGAACAAGCUAUCUUUAAAAGGCUUAUGGACUGCCCUUAAACAAUACAGUUUAGCCUGCUUUUAUGCAGAUACAUUUCCAGGAAACAUCUGGGAGUUCCUGAGGGCUGUUUUUGAUGGUGUUAUUUAACUAAGAUUUAUGACCAUAACUCCCUAUGCUAGCUGUGGUGGUUUGCACAAAGCUGGGGUUGGUAUAAAAUGCUCCUACUGGGCCAGGGAGCUGCUUGUGCUCCCAGUAUCUAGUCUUGGGUUUUAUUCAUUGAUGCUUUUAUGCAAGUUGAAUGUCCUUAAGGAUGCUUAAAAUGGCUGUUGAAUGUAGGUUAUAGAUACUCUGUGCCUUGAAAUGUACUUUUUCCUUCAGCUGCCUGUCUUAACAGAACUUGAAAUGUUCCAUUUUUCUAAGAAAACUAUAAAAUGAACACAGUUUUUCUGUGUUAGAAAAAGU